AUGGCCGACAAACAGAAAGACCCCCUCCUCCGCCUGACCGGCCUCAAAUCCCCACAGCUCCCCUCCGCGACCGCCUCGCCCGAGGAGCUAACCCCUUUCAUAACAUCCCUCCUGGAGGAGGCAGUCCCCUUCAUCGACACAGCAGCGCCCAGGGCCGCGGACUUCACGGACCCCGCGGUGCCGGCCCCGCCCGCAUCCAACACCCUCUGGAAGCCCAAGGGCACCAAGAGCCACCCGGACUCGACGGCCAAGAUCGAGCUCAGCGAGCGGGCCGUCAAUGUCGGCGAGGGGCAGCAGGAGACGUGGGCGUGCCGGCGCAGCGUGCACGCGGACGCGGCGUCCAAGGGCACGGCGAGCUGGGCCGAGUUCGCGGACUGCAUCCGCGACCGGCACGCCGAGACCGAGGACGCGUUCACGCCGACGGUGCUGGCGCACCGCGAGGCCGUCUCGUGGGGGUCCGCCGCCGCCGCCCCGCACGUCUGGGCCGGCGGCAUCGCUUGGGGCAGGUUCAGCCUUAGCUUGGUGGAGAUGAAGCACAAGAUCCCGCCGCCGCUGAAGCCGAGGGUGUUCCCCGUGCUGCAGCUCGUCGCGUCGGCGGUGCCCGGUGGUGGCGGGGACGGCGGGGCGGCCGUGGGGGCGGAGAGGGACGAGUUUGUGGUCGUCUCCGUGACGGUGUCUGACCUCGCGACGGGCCAGCUGAAGGACAAGGCCGCGCUGUCGGUGGAGAAGGGCGUCGUCGUCGGCGCGUACGUCAGCGUGGAGAGGGUGAGGAGGUUGCCCGGUCAGGGGGAGGACAAGGGCAAGAUCGAGUGGAUCAUGGCCACCGCGAGCGACGCCAAGGGCGUGCUGCCGAUGUUCCUGCAGACCAAGGCGGUGCCCGGCCAGAUUGCGAAGGAUGUGGGCAUGUUCCUGGGCUGGGUCGACAAGGAGAGGGCGAAGAAGGGCUAG